AUGUUCACUAUCACAAGACAAGAAUUUGAGAAAGAUUUAGAGCAGUUUUUGGAAAUUUCAAGGGGAACAUCUGAGCCAUGGGAAGGAGUAGAGGCAAAUAACCCUUCUGGUUACGUUUAUGCUGCAUAUUCAAUGACAAAGGUUUUAAAGAAUGAUUCCAAUAUCGAUGAAAAAUGCGCUUCAACAGAAAAAGAUGAUGAUCAACAAGCCGUUUGUACAAAUGAUAGCGUGAUUGUAAAAUUUAAUUAUCAUAUUAUAUAUGAUGAAAGCUUUUCCGUUCCUAUUCUAUAUUUUCAAGCUUUUCACUCAAACGGAUCUCUUUUGAAAAUAGAAGAAAUUUGGAAAAUGAUACCUAAAGAUUACCUCGGGAAUUAUUCGCCAGAAUUAGAAGAACGCUUUGAAAUGCUCAGCUCAAUUGUUUCUCCAACUGAACAUCCGUACCUUGGUGCGCCCUAUUAUAAAUUCCAUCCUUGUCAAACAUCUUCUCUUCUGUACAAUGCAUUUAAAAGUUCAGAAGAAUCGCCAGGAAAAAAGUUCAAUUCUAUAAUAUGUUGGUUAUCAACUAUAGCACCUUUAGUUGGCUUAACUCUUGACCCUUUUUAUGCUAUAGCUUUACAAAAAAAUAAUGUACAGGGCUUUUCACAUUUUAUGCCUUUCGUCUAUCUUAUGCAUAUGCUUUUAGGCAUAAAAGAUAAACCUAAGAAAAGUCCAUUGAUUUUCAAUGGGAAAAAUUAUCAACAAGAUUGGUCAAAAAAAAGGCGACUAUCUUUUAUUUAG